CCCUUUCUUACCCUGGCUAGUGAAGGUCUGUAGGAAACAAGAUUCAAACUGAAGACUCAGUUAUAAAUAGCUAAACUAUUCAAGAAUUUAACUCAAAUGUAAUCAAACUGUAUCACUUUAGCUAUUUGUUUAACUCUUCGACUUUAUUGGUUCCUACCUCUACUCUUCUAUUUCGUCUACUCUACUCAGCAUAUAUGUUCUUGUAUCAGCUCACGUUAUCCACUAGGCGGCGUCAAAUUAACAAAAACACUACUCUCCUUUUAUAUAAAAGAAAUUAGUGGGUGGGUAGGGGAAGUGAAGCUACUACAAUGAGUUCGUUCUAUGCGUUUUACUUGAUAGUAUCCAUAACUGAGAAACGAAAUCUCUAAAUAAUGAUGUUAACUUAAAUUAGCAAUGUGACCAGAAAGGUGAGAGUCUUGAACGUACACCCGUCUGCACUCCAGGAAGGGUCGGAACCUUGUUCCGCUGCUUAUGCUGUUUACCACCCGGACAAAGGAUAGUUGCAACAGCAAUGCUAGAAGAGGAAGAUUUCCGGGCCUCCGCUACAUCACCCUCAGCUCAGCGCCUCCAGAAGAAGAAGAGGAGGUCCAGGAGUGUGAAGAAGACGAAGAGGAGGCAGGAGCUGGAUGAAGACGGCUUCGUUCACCCUCUGAGCCGGCUGUGUCUCCUCAGCCUGGCCGACAACAUGAAGGCCGUGUGGGUGAAGGACUACGAAGAGAACUAUCUAGACCGCUACCACUUCACGUACAUCAUGGGCCCCUUCGAUAGCAUGCCGGGGGGGCUGGUGGAGGAGCUGACCGCCCUGCUGUGCUCCAGGAAGCAGCUGUCCCGCGCGGCGCUGCACCUCCUGGUGGUGCCCCAGCUGCGAGGCCUGUCCCUGGCCGCGUGUCCGGGCCUGGUCACCCCCCGCGUCUGCUCCAUCAUCGCGGCGCGCUGCCAGCACAUGUCGCGUCUGGACCUGUCUGGGGCUCAGCAGGCCUCCCCCCUGGCUCAGGGAGACAUGCUCCGCUCCAUGCCCAGCCUGCGCUCCCUCUCCCUGGCUGGGACCCCCUGUGACCGGGGGGUCAUCCGGACCAUCGCCCGGCACUGCCGGGCACUGCGCCACCUCGAUGUAUCCCACUGUCACCUCCUUUCUCCCGCUGAUCUUCUGCCUCUGGGAGGCGGGGCUUCCCUCGACGGUGUGGCGCGUUGUACCGAUUCAUUGGCUGGUCGCGACGCGUCCACGCGUCACCGCGGCGAUUCCCCGUCCUCCGUCGUCACCCGUUGUCGCCACUCCUCUCCAUCCUCCUCCUCGUGCUGCUCGUGCUGCUCCUCCUCCUCCUCCUUCUGUGCGCUGCCUCUGAGAUCCCUGCUGGCGACGGAUAUCGGCUUAGGGGAGGAGGAGGGGGAGCCGGCGGCAACGGCUGCCUACCUCCUGCUCAGCCUGCCUCUCCUGGAGAGCGUGGCCCUGGAGGGGCUGGACUGGGCCCUCGGGGCCAUUCACCGCCGGGAGUUUGAGCCCGCUGAGGGGCUCACACUCAGGGAGGGGGUGCCACGGCUCGAGGAGGUGUGGAGGGAGAGGCAGAAGAAGCACUGGACAGACCGGAAAAAGGAGAACGAGGAGGCCGGAGCAGAGGGGAGCCAAGAAGAAAGAGAAGAAGAGAGCUGGGAGGUGCACGGGACCCAGAGCCCGGACGGAGAUGAAGCUGAGGCUUCUGGCGGAGACGAGGAGCCGGAUCUCCUUGCGGAAGAAGAGGUGGGCGCGGGGGGCAUCGGGGAGCAGGACAUGCCAAGGGGUGCGAUGGUAGUGGGGCCGGGCGAUGACAGUCUGACCCUGCGUCUUAGGGAGAUCCAAGCGAUGUCGCCAGCCUCCCUGGAGGUUGCAUUUCGGCUGUGUCCACACAUCCAGUCCUUAGCUGUGACCGUUGACUCGGCGGAGGGUACCGGAGGUAGGAGGGACCAUGGGUGGACGUGGGCCGCCGGGCUGGGGAACUGGUCGGGUCAGCUGCGUAGCUUGACCCUUCGUCACACGGGGCCCCUGGGUGAUCUCCUUACCCCCCUACGAGAAAUGGGCUCCACUCUGGUUUCUCUCACCCUGGAAGGGGUCAGAACCAGCCCGCACUGCCCUCUACUGGAGGUCUUGCAGGCCUGCCCCAGACUGAAGGCGCUGGUGGUGUCCGCCCAGCCCCCUACCAGCCCACCGUACGAGGACGAAGAGGAGGAGGAGGAGUUGGGGGGUGCCCGCGAUCUGCUGAGUCUGCCUCACCUCUGCUCCCUCACGCUCAGUUUUGACUAUGAGCAACAGACAAAGCCUGCAAUGUCCUGGAGGGCCCUGCAGAGGGUGCUGUUGAGCCUUCUGUGGGGCUCUCCCCUGCUGGAGAGGCUAUCUCUCACCGCGCUGCCAUGUCACCUGAACACCGUGCUCCGUCACAUCAUCUCCAGCCAGACCUGGAGCCUGCACUGCCACCAGCACCUCCAGCCUGGGGUGGUCGCCGCGUCCACACCGCCCUCCACGCCACUCGGACGCGUCACACAUCUUGGCCUGGCCCGGAGCGACGUAACCAUGGCGACGGUGAUGCGCCUGGUGGAGGGAUGCAGAACCAUGAAGUCGGUGGACCUCUCUUGCUGUUGGGAGGUCUGCCGCCAGGAUGUGUUGAAUAGCUUGUUGAAGUGCCCCCGUGUCACGUUUGACUGGCUGUAACAGAUGAUUCAGCAACAGGUUCAGACACUAAGGGAGGAAUCGCACCGGUAUGAAUUGUCCUCUUUUAAUUAGUUUUACUGGUUUGUUGACUUAAAUCAUGUUGGGCAUGCGUAAGUCCUGCAAACAGAUGAAAUUUAAAUCCGUUGCCCAAUUGAUCCAGGUCAGGACAAAAUACAUUCUCCUGCUAAUUACACUGAGGUCAUUAACAGUAACAAAUGGCCGAGGUUAACACUUCGCAGACCACUACGUUCAACAACACACGAUGUACGCCCAGAACUUGUAUUGUGGUAUUGUAGAAAUAUUGUUUGUGAAAGAGUUCACGAUAAAUCUAUUCACCUCACCCCUUAUACUCUAAUACAGUCAUGAAGAUUGUUUAAUGAACUCUUUGUCUUCUGCCUUGUGAUAAUCAUGCCCAUACUAGGGUAACAACCCCUCUAAUCCAUUAGUCAUCAUGGGUGACUUCCUGUGUGACAUUUCCUCUCUGCCUAAAGGCAAGAAACUUUUAUCACACCUAGACAAGUAAAAAAAAUAGAAUCAAUCUAAUGGAGUUUAGUAAAGUAAAUUAAUUGUAUAUAAAUCCCUAUAACUUUU